AUGGACUACGUGGUCGCGCGGAUGCAAGCAGCAGGCCAUACCCACCACACUUACAAUGCCGCCGCCGCCGUGCCGCCUGUUCCUCAUCAGCCUCAGGCGGCUCAUCAGCUUCACUCCAUCGGCGAUCACCGUCCUCCGCCUGUGUCGCAGAGGACGCGGGGCAGCGCGAUGAUGCAACGGCAGCGGCGUGAGGCGCUUGAACAGGAGGUGUCGGAGCUGAAGCAGCAGCUGUCCAACGAGGAGACGGUGCACCAGAUCCUGGAGCGCGCCCUGCAGCCCAGCUCUGUUCGAUCCUCCAUGGCCCUCACCAACAUCCCCGCCUUCAUCCCCACCAAGGCCAAGGAGCUGCUCGCGGAGCUGCUGCUGGUGGAGGAUGAGAUCGGCAGGCUGGAGGACCAGAUCCAGAGGAUGAAGCAGGGAGCAGGAGCACGAGGAGGAGGCAACAGCGGCGCCAUCACCGGCGCCAUGCAACAGCAACAGCAGCAGCAGCAGCAGCCGCCGGCACCACCACCACCGGAUGCCUCCUCCUGCAACAACAACAACAACAAUGGACGAUCGCCUCGCCUGUCUGCAUCCGCCGCGGAGCAUUGCAAGUCCAUGUUCUUCAUCAGCCAGGCCAUGGACGGCGAGGCGUACCUCAGCAAGGUGAAGAAGAGCCCCAAUCCCAAAGACGACGACAGGAGAGCCGCCAUGAACAGCAUGAGGAGCCCCAAGAACAACAUCUUCGGCGGUGCCGGGGCCGGCUUGCCGCCGCGGCAUUCUCUCGAGAAUAAGCAAUCGUCGUCAAAUGGAUAUGGGCAUGGGCAUGUGGUGGUGGACAAUAAUAGCACGAACAAGCCGCCACCACCGAGCAAGAUCGCCGCCGUCCUCCAGCACCACAACCAUGAGCUUCCCAUCACCAAGAGCCCCACGGUGAUCGCUGCUGCAAAGAGAGUGAGAGACCAGCCGCGGCCGCCCAACAAGCUGUCGGAGCGUAUCGUGAAAUGCCUCGUCUGCAUCUUCAUGCGGCUGCUCCGGUCGUCCCGGGUGUCCGAAAUGGACAAGUCCGGCAACCUCGCCGCCAAGGGGGGGAGCUUCAGCAGCUUCAGGAUGGACACCGGCCUCGUCAACGCAGCGGCGGCGGCCAAGGAGAAGGAGAGGGGCCAGCAGGACCACUACGGCAUCUUUGGCAUCCAGGACGCCAUCGUCAGGGACAUCGGCCCCUACAAGAACCUCGUCAGGUUCACCGCCAACUCCCUGGACCUCCUCAGAGGGUUCUCGGCGUCGCCGCUGCUGACGAAGCUGAGGGAGAUGCUGGAGGAGCUGCAGCAGGUGGAUGUGCGGUCCCUGAAUCACCAGCAGAGGCUGGCGUUCUGGCUCAACAUCUACAACACCUGCAUCAUGCACGGGAUUCUGCAGCAUGGUUUGCCGUCAAACUCGGACAAGUUACUCGCACUCAAGAACAAGGCAACAAUCAAUGUGUCAGGGCAAACUUUCAAUGCAUUGGUGAUUGAGAAUUUUAUCCUGAGGCAGCCGUCAAGUGUCAAAGAAGAAUUCUGGAAAUGCGAGGUGGACGUGGAAGAACAGGCGGUGAGGGAGGUUUAUGGGCUCAAGACUUCAGAACCCAACAUUCUGUUUGCACUCUGCUGUGGCAUCAGAUCAUCGCCAGCACUUCGGAUCUACAAAGCAGAUCGCGUUGUGAUGGAUCUGGAGAAGGCAAAGCUGGAGUACCUGCAGGCGUCGUUAGUGGUGACAUCGACGAGGAGGCUGAUGAUCCCAAGCCUCAUCCACUCUAACAUGCAUGACUUUGCAAAGGACAUGGAGUCGCUGCUUCGAUGGAUCUGCGAGCAGCUGCCCACAUCCUGGUCCCUCAGGAAAUCCAUGGUGGACUGCCUCACCUUCAGCAACAGCAGCAGCAACCUAGCAAGGAGCCACAAUGUACCCAUCCAUGGCGGUGCUUCUGCUGCUGCUAACGCCAUUAUUUCCAACAAGAUGGAGGAGGUGGUGGAUGUCAUUCCCCUGGACUACGAGUUUCAGUACCUGCUGCCCAUGUGA